CGGAUGUUUAUCUGUCAAUGUGAACACAACUGGUGAUGACCAAGGCUUGUAUGUGUGUGAGCUCUUGGCUUCUGACAAAUAUGAAAACCAGUCGAGUUUCAUACCAAGCAAAGGGAUUGAACACUACAGCAUUGCGAAUCCAUGYGAGAAGAAACCAUGCAAGCAUCGAGGAAAGUGUGUUCCAUUCUAUACAAACUACACAUACAAAUGCAAAUGUCUUGAAGGUACCCUGGGACAAGACUGUCAGAUACCAGAUUUCCGCAGCUGCGCACAACGAUUUGCCGCUGGAUACACGAACAGCGGUAUCUAUGAAAUCAUUACUCCAGACACAAGCAAGAUCGACGUAUACUGUGACCAUGGCAACGGUGAAGAUGAUUCUGGCUGGACGAUGGUCUUCAAGGCCGUAAGUGGUGUACCACUACAACAACAAGGUCCUUCAGUAUUAUGGCUGUCAAACUCUCUUUUAGAAUCCUCGUCGUCAGCUUUACCCAUAAACAGCUCGUCCAGACAGCACUACAAAAACAGAAUCGUAGAACACUGGCAGGCAUUCAAUCCAACACAGGUUCGAUUGUCGUUGUACAAGAACAAGACAGAGGUUGUUCGUUUGGUAUUCAACGCCAAAGGAUCUACCAAGACCAACUGGUUUUCUCGUGAUCGUCUUCUAACAAGUCCCUGGACAGACAUACAUUCCCAGCCUUGCACCUGGGAAAACCAUCUUCAGCACUUCUCGGUAUUAUACUCUCCAACCAACAGCCGCGUACAGUGGUCAAACAAAGAUGCAACGUCCGUGGCUGACAUGAUGGCUAUAUACACACGAUGAUCACGUGAUAUGACUAUAUACAUACAAUGAUCACGUGAUAUGAUGACUAUAUACAUACAAUGAUCACGUGAUAUGAUGACUAUAUACAUACGAUGAUCACGUGAUAUGAUGACUAUAUACACACGAUGAUCACGUGAUAUGACUAUAUACAUACGAUGAUCACGUGAUAUGAUGACUAUAUAUACACACGAUGAUCACAUGAUAUGACUAUGUACAUACGAUGAUCACGUGAUAUGAUGACCAAAUACAUACGAUGAUCACGUGAUAUGACUAUGUACACACGAUGAUCACGUGAUAUGACUAUGUACUUAUGAUGACCACGUGAUAUAGUCAUUUAGUUAUUGGUCAGGUUUUAACCACACCACUUUUUACCUUCAGAACCAUUUACUUCUCUCGUAAAAAAAUAUUAAUCACACAAGCAAAUUAACAAAAACAUGACCACCUUUUUUUUAAAAGCGUAACGCUGUCCAAGUGGGACCUUAGUCCUUCAUUUUAUCGUCUAGUUACAAUGCAGAAACCCAAGUCUAGCUUGAUAAAUGUCGUAUACAACAGACACGAAUAUCGUAUAUUCUAGCUUAUCAUAUUCAUUGUUAAUGUUGGUAAAGUUCUGAAGAAUAGAUAUCAAAAACAGUGUAACUUAAGGUAAUAUUUUAAUAAUCUAAAGGAGCAUGAUGCGUGUUUGACGGGAUUGUCAUUAUAUUCUUUAAGUAUGAAUCUAUAAAUAUAGUCAUUGUAUUACGAGAUAAAAAGAUCCUUUUUAUAUCUUUUGGUAAGCCUUUGCACAAGUUGUCUAGCUUUGAGCCUUAAUAUGCACACGACAGGUGGGCAACCCAGUUUACGCUCUUAGAGCGUCUUGUUUAAAAGAAGUAGAAAAUGGAAUAAAGAGAGUCGAUCUUGUAGCCUUUCGUAAGCGAUCCUCUAACAUGAAUAAAACGAAACUYGACUUUG